AUGGGUGGGCAAGGAAAAACCACUCUUACUAGAAAGAUCUAUAAAAAUGAUCAGCUCAAAAGAUGUUUUGAUAGGUUUGCGUGGGCUGAUGUUUCAGAAGAUUGGAAAGCUGAAGCAUUAUCGCUCUCUGUUGGCUCAAGUGAGAUCAAUUUGAGGGAAAAGCAAUAUUUUGUUGUUCUUGGUGACAUAUGGAGACCUGAAGUAUGGCAUGCCAUAAAUGAUGCUUUUCUUGCUAACAAAAAUGGGAGUAGAAUAUUAAUCACUAGCCGAUCAGUACAAGUAGCUCGUGUUGCAAGUGUAUCUCAGGAGUUUGUAUAUCAACUUCCAUCUCUCAACGAAGAACAAAGCUGGGAACUUUUAUCAAAGAGGGUGUUUGUGGGAGAACAAUGCCCUCCUGAUUUGGAAGAUCUUGGUAGGAAAAUGGCUGGAAGUUGUGUUGGAUUACCAUUAUCCAUUGUGGUGUUGGCUGGCAUAUUAGCAAAACUAGAGAAAUCCAAGGUGUGUUUGUCCUAUGUCGCUGGAAAUGAAAUUUGGCAUCUUUUUCAACAAAAAGCUAAAUGCAUAGAUGUUUUGGCAUUGAGUUAUAAGUUUUUUCCACAAAAUCUAAAACCAUGCUUUCUAUAUGUUGGUCAUUAUCCUGAAGACUUAAAAAUCUAUGUCAAGAAAUUGAUGGAACUUUGGAUAGCAGAGGGGUUAAUACCAAAAGAAACUGGCAAUAAAAUACCAGAGGAUGUUGCAGAAUACUACUUGAUGGAGCUCAUUGACCGAAGCUUGAUCCAGGUUGAAAGCAAGAGGACUGAUGGGGGUGUGAAGGUAUGUGGCAUUCAUGAUCUUUUAAGAGCAUUUUGUAUAGAAGAAAGCAAAAAGCAGAAGUUCUAUGACAUCAUUACAACCACUGGAAGUUCAAAUCUGAUCAGCCCUCGAAGAUUAUUCGUAUAUCAGAAACCUUCAACUUAUCUAACUUCUAGCCUUAGUGCAAAUCAUUCAUCUGUGCGUUCUUUGAUUUUCUUUGGAGAAGGAGAAGAUUUCACAUAUUGGAAAGCCAUUUUGAAGGACUUCAAAUUGGUUCAAAUCCUUGAUAUCUCCUCUGUUUUUAUGGCUGAGAUAGAAAAAAGUGGCCUACCUGAUGAUGGAGAUGUCUUGGGCAAGGCACAAAAAAAGGUGAAGUCAAUAGAGGACGUGGGUGCAAGAGCUGAGAUUGCCACAUUAAAAGAGGAGCUUGUUAGGCAACGAGAAUUGAUUGAUACCUUGCUAAAGGACAAGGAGAGGCGGGAGGGGGAGUUUCAUAAUAGUCCUAGUAGGAAAGGUAGUUUCAAUGUAAUACAGCCCGUUAAAAAUCUCCCUGAGGGCAAGAAUAUAUGUGAGUUAUUAGCAAAUAGCCUAAAUCAUCACGUGGUUGCUAUUGGUCGAGUGUUCAAUAUGCCUAGAGACACAUUACAUAAUAUGCCACUCCUUGCAUCGUAUGUACGAGUUGCUAUUGAUGUGUCUAAAGAUCUCAACUAUACAUUACCUAUUCCCACCAAAGAUGCAGGGAUUGUAGGAGAGGUGAUGGGUAGCUUUGUUGGAUGGCAAUCUACCAAUGUUAAGAUGCCAAGUCCAAAAAAAGCUAACAAAGAUACACAAUCCAAGAAGAAGACUGUACAAAUAUCUAGGCUUUCCUCAAAAAUUGUUUCACAUGUAGCAAUACCUGAACAAGAGCUUCAAUUGUCAAGCCAGCAUCGAAAUUUACUUCAGGUGUAUGCAAUGAUUCAUAGGUCUAAUCCUCCAAUCUUGCAAAUCCCAUUCGAGGCAGGAAUAUACAGUGCACCACGAUAUGAUAUGCUUUCGCUCGAUAUUACAGAUGAAGUGCUGCAACAUGAGAUGACCAACCUCACUGUUCUCAGCUUUUAUAUAUGGUAA